CGGUGGCGGCGGCCCAGGCAGAGGAGUCCGCGGUGGCGGCGGCGGCGGCGGCGCUGUUCCCCGCGCGGUCCGCGGAGCGGGGUCCGGGCUGCGCGACGUCGGGCGGCGGCGGCACUGCGGCCCCGACCCGAGCCCGACCCCGGGUCCCCUCCCCGGCCGCCCCCCGCCCGGCCGUCCGCCCUCGGGCCGCCCCCCGGGCCCUCCGUCCCCUCCCCCGCUGGCGGGGCCCGGACAGAAGAUGGUGCAGAAGAAAACAGCCGAACUUCAGGGCUUCCACCGUUCGUUCAAGAUGAGCAAACCGAGGCAUGAAAUGUGGCUUGGGCCCCACAGUGACUCAGCCCUGGCAUCAGAGGGGCAGAACCCUUUCGACCUGGCCUUCUCCCUAGACCAGGCCCACCUUGGGGACUGUGAGGACUCUGACUUCAGCCUGCAGUGCGAGACCCGCCCUGACAUGCCUGCCAGCCAGCCCAUUGACAUCCCAGAUGCCAAGAAGAGGGGCAAGAAGAAGAAGCGGGGACGAGCCACUGACAGCUUCUCGGGCAGGUUUGAAGAUGUCUACCAGCUGCAGGAGGACGUGCUCGGGGAAGGUGCCCAUGCCCGUGUGCAGACCUGCGUCAACCUCAUCACCAACCAGGAGUAUGCUGUCAAGAUCAUUGAGAAGCAACCAGGCCACAUUCGGAGCAGGGUUUUCCGGGAGGUGGAGAUGCUGUAUCAGUGCCAGGGACACAGGAAUGUUCUAGAGCUGAUUGAGUUCUUCGAGGAGGAGGACCGUUUCUACCUAGUAUUUGAGAAGAUGCGGGGUGGCUCUAUCCUGAGUCACAUUCACAAGCGGAGGCACUUUAAUGAGCUAGAGGCCAGUGUGGUGGUGCAGGAUGUGGCCAGUGCCCUGGACUUCCUGCAUAACAAAGGCAUUGCCCACAGGGACCUAAAGCCGGAAAACAUCCUCUGUGAGCACCCCAACCAGGUGUCCCCUGUUAAGAUCUGCGAUUUUGACUUGGGCAGCGGCAUCAAGCUCAAUGGAGACUGCUCCCCCAUCUCUACCCCGGAGCUGCUAACCCCGUGCGGCUCGGCAGAGUACAUGGCUCCAGAAGUGGUGGAGGCCUUCAGCGAGGAGGCUAGCAUCUAUGACAAGCGCUGCGACUUGUGGAGCCUGGGCGUCAUCCUGUACAUCCUGCUCAGCGGCUACCCACCCUUCGUGGGCCACUGCGGCAGUGACUGCGGCUGGGACCGCGGCGAGGCCUGCCCCGCCUGCCAGAAUAUGCUGUUCGAGAGCAUCCAGGAGGGCAAGUAUGAGUUCCCCGAUAAGGACUGGGCCCACAUCUCCUUUGCCGCCAAAGACCUCAUCUCUAAGCUGCUCGUCCGUGACGCCAAGCAGCGGCUGAGCGCUGCCCAAGUCCUGCAGCACCCCUGGGUGCAGGGGUGCGCCCCGGAGAACACCCUGCCCACACCCAUGGUCCUGCAGAGGAACAGCUGUGCCAAAGACCUCACGUCCUUCGCGGCUGAGGCUAUUGCCAUGAACCGGCAGCUGGCCCAACGUGAAGAGGACUUGGCGGAGGAGGAGGCCGCGGGGCAGGGCCAGCCCGUCCUCGUCCGAGCUACCUCACGCUGCCUACAGCUGUCCCCACCCUCAGAGUCCAAGCUGGCUCAACGGCGGCAGAGAGCCAGCCUGUCUGCUGCUCCCGUGGUCCUCGUGGGAGACCGCGCCUGACGCCCUCCCACCUUCCCUCUGUACAUAGGUGCCCCCCUUAUCUAAACUUUUUUUUAAGCUAUUGGGAGCUGCUCCCCUUGGCUGCAUUCCCAGGCAUUAAGCCCAGCUGAGGGGCUGGGUUUUUUUUGUUUUUUUUUUUUUUUAAAUAGGUUUUUGCUUUGGGUUUUUUUUUUCCCUUUUUUUCCUAUUCCCACCUCCUCAUUCCUUUUGUUUUGUUUUGUUUUUUUUCCUUUUGAUGGGGAGGAGAGCAGAGGGUGUGUGUGGCUGGGUUUCUACUCUUCCCCAAACUCACCUAUACUUUGAAGGUCUGGCGUGCCCCGCUGCCCAGGUCACCUGCACCCGGCCACCCCCUCCUUACUCCCAUUGCUUGCACAGUGACUCAGGAGAGCCCGCCUCCAGCCAAUUUGCCAUCUUCCAGAGCUGAGGGGCCCAGGACACCCUUCCCCCAUGUCUGCCUCCCCAGCCCUCAGUAUUUUCAGGGACAGGCUCUCCUUCCCCCUCCUGUCAUGGAAUAGCAGCUCCUUUAUCUCUCACUCCAGACACCCCUGGUGGUUUGGCAGGGACAGGGGGCCCCCUAUCUCAAGAGGGUAGGCCUGGGUGUGGGCAGGCAGGGGGGAGGGCAUCCCCCACCCCACCCUUCACCCAAGUUCCCUGACCUUGUGAGAGUUGACAAUCAGGGCUUCCUCUAGGAUUGGCUGUCCAGGCCCCUGAUGGCAGGAUUCAGCCUCUGACCUUCACCUUAAAUUGCAGCUGACCUACUGCCCCCUUGCUACCCAACCAGGGACUGAAGCGGCAGGAGCCAGGGAUCUGCCACACCAAGGUGGGUAGGAGGGGCUGGACAGGCACCCGUCAGCCAACCUGGGGGUCCCCAAGACACCCCUUCUGGGCACCCGAGUGCCCCUUCUCAGGGCUCAGUCUGACCAUGGCCACGUCCUGCCCCUGUGCCCCCCUUCGGGUCUGGAAUGGAAGCUGUUGGCCCACUCCCCAUCACCAAAGCUGGGGUCAGACCUGGGGGUCCCAUUGCAUCCCCUCACCCGUGAGGGCAGUGUUUUCAGUCUGCCCACCUUCAGGAAAGCAGCCGCCGCUACCACGGCCUCGGGCACCCAGGAAUGGCAGGGAAGGGUCUGCUUUGUCCCCCAACCCCGAGCUCUGGCGGUGAAGUACUAUGCAAUACGAGUUUCCAUUUUCUAUGUGCACAUGUGGCUCUUCUGGUCAGGGGGGUGGCAGGUGGGGUGUCGCUUACCAGCCAAUUCCCCAUGGCCCCCUCCAGGCCAGCCCAGCCCUGGGCUGUGCUCAGGUGUUUCUUGAGGUAGCCCCUCUGGCCUCUAAAUCUAUGGUCGGGGAUUUUCGUCGUGUUUAGUUAGUUUUUUAAAGAAAACAUCAGUUGACUUUGCUUCCCUGUUCUUGAAGAAUACUUGAAUGUCGGAGGGGCCUGUGGGUGGUGGGCUCAGACACCUUCGGCCUAACCUCCUCUCCCCCUCCCAAGUCUCCUACAAUUGUCACAGUCUGUGGUAGCUGGUGGGGGUGACAUGUACUCCCCAGUCCCCUGCCUGCCUAUAUCUGUGGAUGGCCUUUCCAAAGACCUCUUGUCAUCUCUCACCUUCAGUGAUUCCAUCUUUUGCAACUGGGGAUUUUCUGCCUUUUUUGUAUAAAAGAACAAGCAAAUGCCGCAGGCACCAAUGGUCAUUGUAUCUGGAAAGCUGAGCGGCUAGCAGCUUCUGUUUUUCUGAAGGUGGGACAGUCACUUCCUCCCUCUCCCCUCCUACCCUGUCGCAUGGCCACCUGGAGGGCUAGUCAGAACGUUACUGUGAAUGAGCAGAAGAUCCUGGAGAGCCUGGGCCAGAAUGGCCGUGUAUCGAUGUUAAGCUGUUUUAAAAAACAACAACAACAACAACAAAAAGAAAACCUCAAAAAUUUUUUAAACUGGGGGAAAAAACAUCCAAGCACUUUAAUUCCAUUGUACCAGGUGAACUGAUAGAGCUCAAAGUUUUCCUUUCCACCGUCAAUGCCAGAAUUUUGUAUUCUGUUUUGUAAGGAUUUAAUAAAAGUCAUAAAAACUUG